UAUGGUGCAUAUCAUCACAAUGCGGUCAACAUUGCUAUUCAUAUGACAUGUGUGCCUCUGAUCCUGUUUUCAGGCUUUUGCAUGGCAGCAAAUACCGGCACCCUCAUCCCGCUCCCUGACGCUCUAACUGUGCCCUACCUCGACCUCAACCUGGGCACCCUCGCCGCUGUUGCCUAUGCGGUACUUUAUGUCCUACUCGAGCCCGUCGCAGGAACCGUCCUCGGCGCAAUGUGCUUGGCUGCUGCUGCCGCCUCCAACAAGGCCCUGCUCGGAAACCCUACCCAGACAAAUCAAAUCGCCAUCGCCACGCACAUCAUCUGUUGGCUACUUCAGUUCCUGGGACACGGCGCCUUCGAGGGCCGAGCUCCCGCUCUUCUCGACAACCUUGUCCAGGCCGUCUUCCUCGCACCACUCUUUGUCUGGCUUGAGCUGCUUUUCAAGUUCGGUUACCGACGAGAGCUGCAGAGCCGCGUAGACAACGCCGUCCAGGUCGAGAUCGCCAAGUUUCGAGCACGAAAGGCACAGAACCCUCCCAAGAAUGGAAAGGCGCAAUGA